AAUGUUCUUUCUAUGUGGUUAUGUCUGUUGUUGAGUACGCAUUUUGUAAAGUUUGUAGAAUUCAUCACAACGCGGGGAGGAGGCACAAUUUUACUAAGAAACAUAAAGAUCGUUUAUCUGUUAUUUUGUUGAAGUUUAGAAAGAAGGAAAGUUGGAUGGUCAAGGAUGCGAGAAGGUGUUUGAAGAAACCAGUUGUGGAGGAAGGCGAGGUGGAACCCGAUGCAAAGAUAUGGUGCUAUUGCUGUGAAGAGGAGGUGAACAAGCACGUGACAGACAGAGACAUAAGCAUCGUUCAGGGAGGAGUACUGCAACACAUGGCAAGUUCAGAUCACCACAAGAAGACAAGGCAUUUCUGGUGGCAACACGGAGUGGACAUUACUGAACAACCUCAUUUCUUGUUGCAUCAGCUCGACUAUGAGAGAUAUGUGGAGGUGGUUGAUGUAGCUGUAAAGGCAGUAGAAGAGAAAAUAGAAGAGAAACAGAAAAAGGAUGUAGCCGCAUUGAGACAGCAAGACAUCAAACGAAAGAUGUUUUUCCACAGUCAGUCAUCUUCUGCUCUUCCAUCUCAGACUGCUGCACAUGUCAGGGAUUGGCAUGCAAAGAGUGAAGGCGAUGGCAUUCGUUACGAAUUCUCAAAUUCUGACAUGGCAGUAACAUGUUUAUACAACGCAGUGACGGUCUCUAAUAGCUUCACUUCUAUUGCAUCGAGUGCUUCUGGUAGAACGAAAAACCAGAGAUCAAAAGGCAACGUUUAUACUGGUGCCGUCCCACCAUGGCUUCGAGGUGAUGACAACGACGAUGAUGAGACGUCGAUUAUUGGUCCAUCUGAAGAGUUGUUUUUGAAUCACGUGUUAUGUAAGAAGAAUAGAGGCAAGAAUCCAAAGCGGGUCGGUGCUGAAUUCAUGCAGCAGAUGAAACACAUGAAACGUGAUGAGGAUGAUGAUGAUGGAUGGUUGCCUUCAUUUGGACGAGUUUGGAAUCAUGGUCCUCGUUCACACUCAAAAUUCGAGUUCAUAAGUGAGAGCGGAAUACGAAAACGUUGCAAGCAUGGGGGCAGAAAUCACAGGAUGCAACACGAUGAUGGUUCAGUACUUCACACAGUAUUGAGUGCAUCGUUACAAGAUGAUGAUGCUGCACAACGUCAGUCAAACACUUUUACAUCUGAAGCUCUCAGUGCACCAACAUUUGAUGCUUUUCCUGAUGCUGUUGUACAACAUCCAGAGACUGUUUAUACGGGCUAUUCAGUAGAUCACGUGACAUUCAGAUCGAGGCAGUUGCAAGACUUGAGCGUUCAGAAUCAAACACAUGCACGUGUAGACGUUCCAGUAAACACGAUUGUUGAGUCACUGUAUGAUGCUUGUCCUAUAGCAUCGUCGGCGUUACCAGACACCAACAAAUUAAAAGAAAGCAAGGAGACAAUGCUGACUCAAGCAUCUCUUACUGAUAGUAACAAACUUUUGUUGUUGAGCGAAAUGCUGGCAAAACAUAAACAAGAGCUUCUUCAAUCGUUGAAGAGAAAGAAGGGUGACAAUCAAUAGUAUUGUAUGAUAUAGUAUUAGUAGAUGAUAUAGGCUGUACUUGGUGGUCAAAACUGGAGGACAAUAUUGAUAUUAAAAUAAUUAUAUAUGAACACACACACACACACACACACACACACACACACACACACACACACACACACACACACACACACACACAGACACACACACACAUUCCAGCCUAAUUAGCUAAAAGUUGUUGAUAUUAAUAAAAAGCAGUUAGAGGGCAAUUUGAGGGUAAAUGUAAAAAUGUUAGAAUAAAAUUAAAAAUACAUGUUUUGAUAAUAUUACAUUUAUUUUAAUUAAUUAAUUAUGGAAUCAUGUAUAAUAAUUUAAUUUAAAGUGCACCACAAAGGUUUGGG